AUGAUGAAGUUCGUGAGGGCGUGGCUGCUAGGCACCCUGGGGCUGGCCGAGCUGCUCGUCAUCGCGGUCGUCCACCUGACCUACGGGUUCUACCUCUUCACCACCGCCGUCCGCCGCGACCUCUCCCGGCUGGCCGGCGCGCCGAAGAACGCCGUCGUCGGCGACGGCCAAGCGGAGGCCGUGCUCGACGGCGCGGUGCCGCCGAUCGUGCUGGUCCACGGCGUCUUGGGGUUCGGCAAGGGCAGGAUGGCCGGGAUGUCGUACUUCGCCGGCGCGGAGGAGAAGGACGACCGGGUGCUAGUGCCCGACCUGGGCUCGCUCACAAGCAUGCACGACAGGGCUCGGGAGCUGUUCUACUACCUGAAAGGAGGCCGGGUGGACUACGGCGAGGAGCACAGCAGGGCGUACGGGCACGCCCGCUUCGGCAGAGCAUACGACCGCGGGCACUACCCAAUGUGGGACGAGGAGCACCCAGCCCACUUCGUGGGCCACUCGGCCGGCGCGCAGGUCAUCAGGCUCCUGCAACAGAUGCUCCAUGACAAGAUCGGCAACCACCUCCCUGAUUUUAGCUACGAUAAUCCUACACCUACGUGCCCGCUACGAAGACCUCUUUUAAAUAACAGCUACCGGAAUGAACUGGCAUUUGACGGCUACGAGAACACCUCUGAGAAUUGGGUGCUGAGCGUCACCUCCCUCUCUGGCGUGCUCAAUGGUUCCACGACAGCCUACCUCGGCGGAAUACGUCCAGAAGAUGACCGGUCUAUGAGCUUCGUCUGCCUCGCCCAGAUCUACCGAGUGGGUACCACCAUCUACCACUGGCUCGACAUACCCUGGCUCAAGCGCUACUAUGACUUCGGUUUCGACCACUUUGGCAUGUCUUGGCACACAGUCGGUGUGUCAGGCCUACCCAGCCUACUUGCUGGCACGUCGGGGCCGUUCGCCACAGGAGACUGGAUUCUACCAGACCUCACCAUCCAGAAUGCCACGAGGAUGAACGCCGAUGUGCGCACGUUCCCUAACACGUUCUACUUCAGCUACGCUACCAGGCGGACAACCAAGUUUUGUGGCGUCACCGUGCCGUCCGGUGUGAUGCACAUUCACCCUCUUGUGUUCAUACAUGUCAUGCAAUUGUGUCGGUGGCGCCACUUUGCCUCCGAGCCCCCUUGCAAAGAUUACAGGGAUGAAGAUUGGGAGGAUAAUGAUGGAGCGUUGAACACCUUCUCGAUGACACACCCUCGGAUUCCAGUAGAACAUCCGAGCCUCUUAGUAGAGGAUGAUUCAAACCGCCAUCGACUUCAACCAGGAAUCUGGUAUUACAAAAUCGUGGAGGCGGAUCACAUGACGUUUGUGAUCAACCGGCCCAGACGGUGUGUCCCUAAAGGUACUUGUUGGGUUGGCGUAUUUCGAGAUUAG